AUGCUAAACUUUGAUAAGUCUUGUGUUUAUUUCAGCCAUAAUCUAAGCCCUGAUUACUGUGACUUUCUUGCUGGAGCUCUUCAAAUGUCUAUUGUUACUGAUUCUGAGAAAUAUUUAGGUGCUCCAUUAUUGCUAGGACACUCUAAGUUGAAAUCCUUUGAUCCCAUUAUGCAAUCUUUUGAAGCUAGACUUAAAAAUUAUGUGAGUAUCACUCUAAAUCAAUCUGGUAGGUCUAUUUUGAUUAAAUCUGUUUUAAAUUCUUUGCCAACCUAUCAAAUGGCUUGCUUUAAAAUUCCUACAACUUUGCUUAGUAAACUUGAUUCUCUCCAGCUAAAUUUUUGGAGGGAUCAUAAGAAAGGUAAAGGCAUCAAAUUUGUAGCCUGGGAUAGUAUUAAUCAAGCAAAAGAUUUAGGAGGUUUAGGAUUUAGAGACCUUGAAUCUUUUAAUACUGCUCUCAUUUGCAAAUUAGUUCGGAAAAUUGUCACAGAUGAUGAGGAAUUGUGGGUGCAAAUUUUAAGUGCUAAAUAUUUUGAAGAUUGCAGCAUACUUCAUUUGGCUAAUCUCAAUGAAAAUUUCUCUUGGAUUUGGAGGGGCAUUUAUAAAUAUCAUCCUCCUAUUCCAGCUGAAGGUUUAGUGAACACUGUUUCUUACUCCUAUGUAUCUGAUCUUUUUAUUGAGAACACUAGAUCCUGGAAUGUUCAUUUAAUCUAUUAUCUGUUUGAAAAGGAUUGUGCUGAAAAAAUUAUUGAUAUGUCUGUGCCUGCUACUGGUAAGGACAAACUUAUUUGGUUACCAGACAGAAAGGGUCAAUUUACUGUUAAAAGUGUCUACAAUGUUUUAUCUAGGGGAACUAAUCUUACCGCAGGUUCCAAUACUGUCCCAGCUCAGGUUCGAAAAUCUCUCUGGAAAGUUCAACUUCCUCAUAAAGUAAAAUUGUUUGCUUGGAAAUGUAUAAGGGACAUUAUUCCAACUAGAGACAAGCUUUCUAGAUAUAAGAAUGGCAUUGAGACACUGUAG